AUGGGUUAUAGCUCGCUGCUAAUUUCAUUUGGUCUAGAUGGUUCUUUCGUUGAUGUGUUGCUUUUAUUAAAGAGUGCGCUACUGUUUCUGUUUUUUUCCCCUUUGUAUAGUUUUAUGUCUAAACGAAUAAGGCGACCUAGAAGGGCCGUUGAAAUUCAACGUGCCUAUUUGGAUGCGGUUGUUGCGGAUGGUGAUCUCAAUAAUUCAGAGUUGCAAGAUGUUCCCACCGCUUACGACGAUCAAGAUAAUGAUGUUUCAACAUCUUUGAACAACCAAGACAGCCCUCCCCAAACAUUUGCAUCAGCUUUAAAACAAAAUAUUCCCAUGCGUGGUGUUUUUAACCCACAUUUCGAACCUGGGACAAGUUCUCAUCAGAUUUCUGUACCGGUUUUCCUUGCUGAUCGUGCCAAUGAGCACAGGAUUGAUCCAGAAUAUGUUGAUUUUGGCUUAAGAAAUUGUCAAUGUCAAUAUUGCGGUGCUCUGUUUUGGUCUACAGAACAGUCCGCCAAGAAUGCUUCAUCUUAUACCUUGCAGUUCACCACGUGUUGCAUGAGUCAAAAAGUAAAAUUCCCACGCGUUAAACCCACCCCUCCAUAUUUGGAUGAUUUGUUGAAUCCCAAAAAUUCUCGAAACAGCUUGCAAUUUAAAACAAAUAUUAGAUCGUAUAAUUCAAUGAUGGUAUUAACAUCAAUGGGAGCCAAAGUCGAUGCAUCAAUCAACAAGGGUCGGGGUCCUUAUGUUUUUAAAAUUAAUAGUCAAGUGCAUCAUUUGAUGGGUUCUUUAUUGCCUCUGGAGGGCGAAAAUCCUAAAUUUGCACAACUAUACAUUCAUGAUACUCAAAAUGAAGUCAGUAAUCGUAUUGGUUGUUUUAGUGGAUCAGAAACGGUUGAAAAACUCGACCAUCAUGUUGUUGAUAGCCUCAUUAAAAUGCUAGACGACUGUAAUGAGGUCGUUAAGCUUUUUAGGCUCGCUAGAGAUAUGAUUGAUGAAGGGUCCACAAGUCAUUUACGUAUGCGUUUAUACGGUGCACAGGCUAACCAUGAUGCACAAUAUAAUUUGCCGGCGUGUGACGAGAUGAUUGUUGGGGAUAUCGGCGAAUUCCACACUGAAAGAGAUAUCAUUGUGGAGCAUAGGACGCAUGGCCUACAAAGAAUCACAAAGUUACAUCCUAAGUACAUGGCACUACAAUAUCCUCUUCUUUUCCCCUACGGUGAAGAUGGGAAUAAGAAAGGCCUUCCUUGGAAUCCAGAUUAUAAAGGGAAAAAACCAAAAACUGGGGGAGUAUCACUGAGAGCGUUUCUAGGUUAUCAAAUUCAGGAUAGACCAGGACAAAAUGACACCCUAUUGAAAGGUGGUAGAUUGUUUCAACAAUAUUUAGUUGAUGCAUAUGCCACGCUUGAAGAAGAUAGCGUUAGAUAUAUGAUAAAUAAUUAUCAGGAUGCGAUGGCCAUAUGCCGUCACUUUGGAAAUCCUGAUUUAUUUAUCACUUUCACCUGCAAUGCUAAAUGGCCUGAAAUUAUUGAAGAUCUACGUGAUAAACCUGGUUGUAGGCCUGAAGACAGGCCUGAUAUAGUCUCCCGAAUUUUUAAAGCAAAGCUUAACCAUAUGAUUAAAUUCAUCAAAUCAGGGAAAUCUUUUGGCGAUGUCGAAUCAGUGAUUUACACGGUGGAGUUCCAAAAACGGGGUCUUCCUCAUUGUCAUAUCUUGGUCUGGGUGAACAAACAUUAUAAAUGUCAUUCUCCCUACGAUGUUGAUUCUAUCAUUUCGGUUGAGAUUCCUGAUGCAGAUGUUGACAAAGUUGGGUACGAUGCAGUUUCACAAUACAUGAUUCAUGGGCCAUGUGGUCUUGCAAAUCGAUUUUCACCAUGCAUGAAAGAAAACAAAUGUUCAAAAAAAUUUCCAAAACCUUUCACAAGUGAAACCACUUUUUCUGAUGAUGGUUUCGUUGCAUAUAAGCGUCGGGAUAUAGAAAAUUUGUUUGUUCUAAAAAAAGGAAUCAAGCUUGAUAACGCAUUUGUUGUCCCUUAUAAUCGUGAGCUAUUAUUGAAUUAUCAAGCGCAUAUAAAUGUUGAAUCAUGCUGCCAAUCAACACUCAUCAAGUAUCUUUUUAAGUACAUAACUAAAGGUGUUGAUCGGGCUAGAGCUGUUUUUGAGGAUGAAAAGUUUGAUGAGGUUGUGGCUUAUCUAAAUUGUAGAUAUUUAUGCCCUUACGAAGCUGUUUGGAGAUUGUUACUGUUUCACAUUCAUUUUAGGGAACCAUCGGUUGAAAGAUUGUCUGUACACCUUCCAUCUGACCAAAACGUUGUUUUUAGAGAGACCGAUGAUCUAAACUAUGUUAUCAACCACCCUAAUCUCGAAAGAACAAUGUUAACGCAAUGGUUUGAAACCAAUGUCCAAGAUCCUGAUGCACGUAAGUUAUCUUAUGUUGAAUUUCCGACGAAGUAUGUUUGGAAAAAUGAUGAGAAACAAUGGAGCCGUAGAAAACAAGGCAGAUCUUUAGGUAGGGUUGCGUAUGUUCACCCUGCUGCUGGUGAAUUAUACUAUUUGAGGUUGCUGCUAAACUACCAGAAAGGCAUCUUUAGUUUUGACCAUUUAAAAACCGUCAAAGAGGUUCUUGAACCCACAUUCCAAGCUGCAUGCAUGUCCCUUGGUUUAUUGGGAGAUGAUAGGGAAUGGAAUAGCGCUAUGUUAAAAGCAGUUAUCACUGCAUCAUCUUUCCAAUUGAGGCAAUUGUUUGUCACGUUGGUGCUCUUUUGUGAUGUCACUGAUCCAUCAGCUUUGUUUGAAGCACAUUGGAAAACCAUGUGCGAUGACAUUUCCAAGAACAUGCAUAACGCUUUUGGGCUACAAGAUCUUUCUAAAUAUCAGGAUGAACUUAGAAAUUCGCUUUUGUACGAGUUAGAAAAGUUGUUUACAGCUUCAAAUAGUUCUCUAUCAAAGCAUCACCUACCACAACCAAAUAAUCUAAUGAUGGAUAGACUUAAAGCUAGGAGUUUGAGAGAAGAGUUAAAUUAUGAUGCUAACUCACUAAAACAAGAGCACUCACUCCUGAUCGGCCAAUUAAACAAGGAGCAAAAAUUAGUUUAUGACAGCGUCAUGGAGACGAUUGACAACAAUAGAUCUGGCCUAUUUUUUGUGCAUGGUCAUGGUGGAACAGGCAAGACUUUUUUGUGGACCACCAUCAUAACUAGAAUUAGAUCCCAAAAUCAAAUUGUUUUAGCUGUGGCUUCAUCUGGAAUUGCCUCCCUCUUGCUUCCUGGUGGAAGGACGGCUCACUUUAGAUUUAAAAUUCCUAUCAACAUCACUAAUUGUUCGGUUUGUGAAAUUAAAAAAGGGACUCAUCUUGCAAAACUAAUCACUGACGCUACUCUUAUUGUUUGGGAUGAAGCCCCCAUGAAUCAUAAACGGUGUUUUGAAACUCUAGAUAGAUCUCUUCGUGAUGUUCUUAAAGGGUCAAAACCAGGCUUUGACCAUUUGCCAUUUAGAGGUAAACCAAUUCUUUUCGGAGGUGAUUUCAGGCAAAUUCUUCCUGUUGUUCCAAGCGGAAGUGUUGCUGACAUCGUCCAAGCUUCAUUUACGAGUUCAUACCUUUGGUCCUAUUUAACUAUAUUUUUCCUUAAGCAAAACAUGAGGCUUUCGAAAACAGGUCUGAACGAAGUGAAAAAAAAAGAACUCGCUGAUUUUGCAAAGUGGAUACUAGAUAUUGGAAAUGGUACUGUUGCCAGAUCUAUAUCUUCAGCUGAUGAAGAAAGCUCUUGGGUCGAAUUUCCAAACCAAUUCCUUAUCCAUUUUGAUGACGAUCCCAUCAAAGCCAUGGUUUCAGCUGUGUAUACAAAUUUCAAAGCAAAUUUUCGAGAUGUCUCAUAUCUGAAAGAAAGAGCUAUUGUGACGCCACGAAAUGAUACAGCAACUGAAAUCAACGAUUUUGUGUUGGGUAUAGUACCUGGCGAAAGUCGUACUUAUCUCAGUUUUGAUUCGGUGUCUUCUGCAACAGAAAAUUCUGAAAAUUUAGAUAUGCUUUAUCCAAUAGAAUUUCUAAACCAACUUGAUUUACCUGGUUUGCCGCACCACAAGUUGUCUUUGAAAGUUGGUGCCCCAGUGAUGUUGAUCAGAAAUUUAAAUCAAAGUCAAGGGCUGUGUAAUGGAACACGAUUGGUUGUAACACAAUUGAACGACAAAGUUGUACAAGCAAAAAUCAUGACGGGAAGAAACAUUGGCGAAAGAGUUUAUAUCCCCAGGAUCAUUACUGAAUCAUCUCAGCAUAAAUAUCCUUUUACUGUGCGAAUACGACAAUACCCUCUAAAAAUUUGUUAUGCAAUGACAAUCAACAAAAGUCAAGGACAAUCCUUGAAAAUGGUUGGUUUGUUUCUAUCGCAGACUGUUUUUUCUCAUGGACAACUCUAUGUUACGCUAUCCAGGGUCACCUCAAAAAAGGGUCUCAAAAUUGUUAUUGCUCACAAUAGUGACAUGCCUUACGGUUAUACAAAAAACAUUGUUUAUAAAGAUGUAUUGAAACAUUUACAUACAGCUGCUGUGCAGCCGAUUGAAGAGGUAACCAUCCAACGCACAAGAAUUGCAAAGAAGAGAAAUCUUAAUCUCCAAAAUAUCAGGGGUGAAACAGUAAGGAUCACCUUAUGGGGAGAGACUGCGACAAAUUUUGAGGACAAUGGAAUACAAUCGUUAUUGCCACCCGUGUUUGUUGCUUUGAUAGGCCUCAAAGUUAAACAAUACCAAGGAAAGCCUGUUCUUGGAAGCACAGGAUCAACCGUUUAUGUUUUCAAUCCGGACAUUCCACAACUCUCUGAAUACAAGCGCAGGUUUGAGCAUCUAAAAUCACCUAUGCGGAUCUUGCCCAGCUCAACUGACAUGUAUACAAGGCAUGUUAUUGGUGCUGAUUCUGAACCAAAAACGAUAGACGAGUUGCUUUUACUUGAUCCUACGUUGCACAAGUUUAAUGUUAACUGGUUCAAGAUCAAUCUGAUUGUCGAAGAUAACACGAACCAACACAACUUCCUCAUGAUAGGAAGGCAACCCGAAAAGAUGCUUGGCGUUUCUUGCUACACUUUGGUGAUAGAGAACGGACACGAGGACCCUUUCGUGGUGCCACCAAUUCUUAACAAUUUGGUCGGCAACUCAAAAACAUUUCAACUCUCUUUUGGAAAGCAAAACACCGACUUUGCAAAAACAGACUUCAUCGUUAAUGGACUGGUUGAAGACCAACCGCUCUCCAACCCAACAAUUGCCUCAGUCAUACCACAAACACCCGCUACCAGUCUAGGCAAACAAAUUACCAGUCAAGCAACCCCCGCCCCAUUGACACCUUCCCAACAACCAGAUCAACAACCCAAAUCAGUUGCACCCGCCAUAACUUCAAAGAGAGUAUUGUUCCCUGAUCAAACGGACAAACCUGACAGCAAAAAACCUCGCCCCCAGCAAACAAACACAACCAAUUCUGCAAGAAUUGCUAGAGAAUUCCACAAUCUGGUUGUCCCCAAAAUUGAACCGGCCGACAAAGGUCAUCCAUCACGGAGGCAACCAUCUGAUUCAUUAACUGUUCUAGAAGAAGAUGUUUUGGAGAAAUUGAUGAUACGGCGUAGCUUACUUCUGGUGAAGGAUGGUUGGAGCAGGCAGCAUAUGAUAGAAAUUUUCUUGAUAACAACUCUGAACCAAGCUGGCAAGCAAGUACGGGCGAGGAGGAGGCUGAUGAUCCUUCUUCAGUGGGGCACGUUGUGA